UCCCUUCCCUGGUGCUGUCUGCAUUUUAGGGACACGGACAUAAUGAGGUGGAGGUGGAGGUGGAGCCCAGCCAUCGAGGUCCUGAAAUAGUCACAAUGGGGGAGAACGACCCGCCUGCCGCUGAAGCCCCCUUCUCCUUCAGAUCACUUUUCGGCCUUGACGAUUUGAAAAUAAGUCCUGUUGCACCAGAUGCCGACGCAGUGGCUGCCCAGAUCCUGUCUCUGCUGCCAUUGAAGUUCUUUCCCAUCAUUGUCAUUGGGAUAAUUGCGUUGAUAUUAGCACUGGCCAUCGGUCUAGGCAUCCACUUUGACUGCUCCGGGAAGUACAAGUGCCGGUCGUCUUUUAAGUGUAUUGAGCUGACGGCUCGAUGCGACGGGGUGUCAGACUGCAGAGACGGGGAGGAUGAGUACCGCUGUGUCCGUGUGAGCGGCCAGAACGCCGUGCUCCAGGUGUUCACGGCUGCCACCUGGAGGACCAUGUGCGCCGAGGACUGGAAGAGUCACCAUGCGACUGUUGCCUGCUCCCAGCUGGGGUUUCCAAGCUACGUGAGUUCAGACACCCUCAGAGUGGACUCGCUCGAAGAGCAGUUUCGAGAGGACUUCGUGUCCAUCAAUCACCUCUUGCCAGAUGACAAAGUGACCGCUUUACACCACUCGGUGUACGUGAGGGAGGGAUGUACCUCGGGCCACGUGGUUACCUUGAAGUGCUCAGCCUGUGGUCUGAGGACCGGCUCCAGCCCCCGAAUCGUGGGUGGAAACUCAUCCUCGCUGGCGCAGUGGCCCUGGCAGGCCAGCCUGCAGUUCCAGGGCUACCACUUGUGCGGAGGGUCCAUCAUCACCCCCCUGUGGGUUGUCACUGCUGCCCACUGUGUUUAUGAUCUUUACCUCCCCAAGUCCUGGACCAUCCAGGUGGGCCUUGUUUCCCUGCUAGACAGUCCCGCCCCCUCGCAUCUUGUGGAAAAAAUCAUCUACCACAGCAAGUACAAGCCGAAGAGAUUGGGCAAUGACAUCGCCCUCAUGAAGCUGGCUGGGCCUGUCACUUUCAAUGAGAUGACACAACCAGUCUGUUUGCCCAACUCUGAAGAGAACUUUCCUGAUGGGAAACUGUGCUGGACAUCAGGCUGGGGGGCCACAGAGGAUGGAGGUGAUGCCUCCCCGGUCCUCAACCACGCGGCCGUGCCUCUCAUCUCCAACAAGGUCUGCAACCACAGGGAUGUGUACGGUGGCAUCAUCUCCCCGUCCAUGCUCUGCGCUGGCUACCUGAAAGGCGGUGUGGACAGCUGCCAGGGAGACAGCGGGGGUCCCCUGGUGUGUCAGGAGCGGAGGGUGUGGAAGCUGGUGGGAGCCACCAGCUUUGGCAUCGGCUGUGCCGAGGUGAACAAGCCUGGAGUCUACACACGCAUCACUUCCUUCCUGGACUGGAUUCACGAGCAGAUGGAGAGGGACCUGAAAACUUGACAAGUUAGAGGCAAGUUACCACCAUGAGUUCCUGCCAAGAUGGAGACAUUCCCGUCUUUCCAUGGAUUCUAACAGCAGAGCCGAAUGAAGGAGCAUCUUUUCAUCCCUCCACAUCGAGAACAAUUUUCUUCUAUCAUCUCUGACAAGCCAGAGGGGCAUCAGAACAAAACGAUCUUGAACCUCCUUUCUCAUCUUCCCAAGAACAGAAGCAGGAACACCUCCAAAGUGCUACCUUUUUUCACUUUUCUAUCUGGUUUCCUCCCUUGCAAAGCCCCUCAGCAAAGAUACGCAGCCAGGACCUACAGGAGUGCUGUCAGCGUAGACACAGCUGUCCACAUGUUUUAUGCAGGUACCAGAACCAAACCGAUUUUUUGUACCAGGAUCUCCUCUGACACGUGGGGACUUGUAGGUGAUUAUAGUUUUGUAGUCUUUGGUCCUCGAUGUAUCAUUGUCUCUUGCUUCCGAAGGACAUAGACUUUCACAGCAAGUUCAUCACUCGGAGUUUAUUCAAUGAAUCUUGAUUGCUCAUAUAAGCUUAAUUCAAGAGGCUCAAUUCCUUUGAUCUGUUGGAAUGGAUUUACUGGGAGAUCAGAAUCAUCCCCUAUUACAUCAGAGUAGUCAGAAGCAGAGUUAGAAAAGAAAGGAAUAAGUCAGGACCACCUAAUUCCCAUACAUUGUUACCGAAGGCCAACUAGACAGUCUCAUGUCAUUAAGACACUAGGGUUUCUCUACCUCUCCAUAUGGGCCAGUUCAAUCUCCUGCAUGGCUGCAGUUUAGAGGCCCCGCCUGGUACCCAGCCAUCCUCUGAAGUCCCCAUAACACACGCAUAACAGAGGAAGAUUCCUUGGUAAGUAAUCGUUGUCCAGUGGUGCUUUACCACAAGUGACUUUGUUAGAAUAGGAAUCUGAUGCUUUGCCCUGAGGCAACAGUGGGAAAGACGGGUGAGUUCCAAGGAGAUCAGAGAUGGGUCCAGGUGCCUGGGGAAGGGCCAGCUCCAGGGAGCCUCCUGGGCCAUGUCUUAGAGGAGGGUGGAGGAAGAUAUGAGGGGGAGCUCAGGCAAACUGCUAGGAUGCACUUCACUGCAUCAGAGUUCCUGCACAGAUCUCUCUGCAUGUCAGAAAGUGAUAAGACCGUUUUUAUUUUGAGUGUUUCUGCCCAGCUCUCUUUGAAAGCAAUGGUAGCUCACAAAAGCAUCUUGAGAAAGAGCAACAAAGCUGGAGGUAUCACUCUCCUGAUAUGAAAUACAAAGUUUCAGUCCUCAAAACAGUAUGGUACUGGCAUGAAAAUGUACAUAUCAAUGGAAAAGAAUAGAGAGCCCUGAAGUAAACCCACAUUUAUAUGGGCAAUUAAUCUACGAAAGGGAGGCAAGAAUAUACAGUGGGGGAAUGAACAAUCUCUUCAGCUAAUGCAAAAGAAUGAAAGUGACCUACUU